UCUUCAAAUUAUUAUUGUUACGACUCUUUGACUUCUCCUUCAUCUCUUUGGCUGGAGAAAACCCUUUUCGCCGGAAAACCCACCGCAACCUUCGCGGUUCGCGAUUCCGCUUCCGGUUCCACCGUGCUCCUCUUACACACGUAUUCAACUAUUCAAUUUUCUCUUUAACGUUUCCGUUUUCUCGGAACACGUUCCCAAUUUUUUCCCCCAAUUGUGAGCAUAUGGGAAAAACUAGUUGGUUGAUAAUAUUGGUUACUUGUUUGUGCCUGCUUGCCUUUUCUGAUGGUAGAGAACUCAAGGUUAGACAUAAAAAGCCUCAUUACCAAUACAAUCAUACGCUUGCUACAAUAUUAGUGGAAUAUGCUUCUGCGGUAUACUUGUCAGAUUUAACUGAACUUUUUACUUGGACGUGCUCUAGGUGUAAUGGCUUGACCAAGAUCUUUAAAAUGGAAACAGGGAUUUGAAAUGAUAGAGUUAGUUGUUGACGUCGAGCAUUGCUUACAGGCAUUUGUUGGAGUGGCUGAUGAUCCUUGUGCCAUUAUCAUUGCAUUCAGAGGAACAAAUGAACACAGCUUACAGAAUUGGAUUGAAGAUUUAUAUUGGAAGCAGCAUGAUAUAAAUUAUCCAGGCAUGGAUGAUGCAAUGGUACACCGUGGUUUUUAUACCGCAUACCACAAUACAACAAUACGUCCUGCAAUUUUAGAUGCUGUUGAAAGAGCAAAGAAGUUUUAUGGAGAUAUUGAAAUUAUAGCAACAGGGCAUUCAAUGGGAGGGGCAAUGGCUUCAUUUUGUGGACUUGAUUUAACGGUAAAUCAAAAUGAAAAAAAUGUUCAAGUUAUGACAUUUGGACAACCUCGUGUUGGAAAUGCUGCUUUUGCAUCUCUCUAUACCAAACUAGUUCCAAAUACCAUCCGAGUCACAAAUGACCAUGAUAUUGUACCUCAUUUGCCUCCAUAUUAUUAUUAUUUACCGCAGAAGACAUACCACCACUUCCCAAGAGAGAACCUAAGAACUUGUGGACUGCAGGUUUGGCUUUAUAACAUCGGAUUAGGUAGUCUUGUGUACAACGUUGAGAAGAUUUGUGAUGAAUCUGGUGAGGAUCCGGAUUGCAGCAGGUCGGUGACUGGGAAUAGCAUUGCUGAUCACUUAGUCUAUUAUGGCGUAGACAUGGGAUCAGAUGAGCCUAGUUCAUGCAGAAUUGUUAUGGAUUCUCAUGUUCAGAAUACUAGCAUCAGAGAUUCAAGAGGAAACUUAAUCUUGUCCAGAGAUCCUGCAACCCCCCUCAUCAAAUUGGGUGGAGAGGGUGACAAUCAGGAAAAUCCCAUUAAUGUUGAUUGAAUUGGCAUUAGAUAUCUCUUGCAUGAUAUGUUCCAGAGGUUUGCUGUGGGGCAUUAUACUUCAGAUUUAUUUUUUCUUCACGGUCCAUACAGCUGAACAAUUUUAUUGAAUUGGCUAGGGCUGGAAGGAGUUUGUAUAGUCUUUGACUCGUGUAUAUAUGUUCAUCCUUGUAUAUAUAAUUAAUAAUUCUAUAUUUUUUACUGCAUAAGUAAUAAUUCUUGAUACUUUGUCAAUUGUAUAAUUUCACUUUCAAAUUCUACUGAAUUCCACUCCUCAUUUGGGUGAUAAUUCUUUUUA